AUGGAAAGAAUUGAUUAUUAUUAUAUUUAAAAAGCCUUUAAAUACUCUUAUGCUGAUAUAACUGUAACUUGUACUCCCGGAUAGGUAUCAAUGGGAGGUUUAAAUGCAAGCUACAGUUCUUGCGUAUUUUAUGUUGUUAAUCCAGUUCAUGAUUACACAUAAGAUAUGAUAAAUACCAUUACUUAAUACUCCAGUAGCAAUUGCUAUAAUUAAGUUUCAUAUGGAGGAGAUGAUAAAUUAAGGUUAUCUGGGGAUACUUGCACAUCAGACAAAAACAUAGUAAUAGAAUAUUAAGCGAAUGUAAAGGUAUAUGCAAUAUACUUUCAAAUGUAUAUGAAUUUAUGCUAAGACUAUGACAGCAGUUUACAUUUGUCGGUUAAUAUUAAUGGUUCAACUUAUCUUAGUGACAGCUCAUUCAAUUACGCAAACUCAGGUUAUUCUUAUUGUUAUUUUAGCAAGUAUUUAAGUAUCACUCCAAAUUCAAAUAAAAUAACAAUCUAAAUUGCAUACAGUAAAUAAAUAAAUCCAGUAAUCAAAAAUUACAUUUCAUCUUUGUAUCUGGCUGUAUAAACGUGUCAACAGAAUUGUACUUAAUGCGAUGGAAAUUAAGUUUGUUAAUAAUGUGAUACUGGAUAUUAUUACAAAGGAGAUACAAAAUAAUGUCUAUAGUGUGAUCCAACAUGUAAAACUUGUAAUGGCCCUAAUUCAAAUAAUUGUUAGUCUUGUUAUCCAGGAAUUUAUUAUAAUUCAGGUACAAAACAAUGUAUUUGUGAUCCAACUUGUAAAACUUGCGAUGGGCCUAAUUCAAGUAAUUGUUUAUCUUGUUAUCCAGGAAAAUAUUAUAAUCCAGAUACAAAAUAAUGUAUUUGCGAUCCAACCUGUUAAACUUGUGAUGGCCCUAAUUCAAAUAAUUGUUAGUCUUGUUAUACAGGAAUUUAUUAUAAUUCAGGUACAAAACAAUGUAUCUGUGAUCCAACUUGUAAAACUUGCGAUGGGCCUAAUUCAAGUAGUUGUUUAUCUUGUUAUCCAGGAAUUUAUUAUAAUCCAGGAACAAAAUAAUGUAUUUGUGAUUCAACAUGUCAAACUUGUGAUGGUCCUACUCCAAAUGACUGUUUAACUUGCAGCCCUUCUUUGUAUUAUUAAUAAAGUAAUAAAUCUUGUGUAGUUUCUUGUAAUCAAGACUAAUUCCCAGAUUAAAAUCUUUAUUGCUAAUCAUGCGAUCGUACCUGUGCAAGUUGUGAUGGAAAAGACCCAAACAACUGUAAAUCUUGCUAUCCUAACACCUCUCUCUACAACAAAAGCUGCUAUAGCCUUUGCCCAAAUGGAUUUUAAAGUAUUUCAAACAAAUGCAAUUCUUGUGUAGAUAAUUAUUGGACUCCACAAUGCAAUGCCUGCUAUGCAACCUGCUAAUUAUGUGACUAAUCGCAAAUUCCAAAUAAACAAUGCAAUUCUUGCUAUGGCGAAACUAGAUAUAUUAAUGCAACAUAAAAUUGUGCUUGCAAAAAUUCAAAGGAUUUAAGAGAGAUAUUUUAUUAAUGCAGUUACUAAACCAUUGCAGUAAUUGAUGCAAAAUUAAGUGCAACAUCUCCUUUACUUACAAUUGAUUUAGGAUCUCCCUUGAUGAAUAUAUUAUCUGAUACACCUUAAUCUUUAUGCUCAUUAAUAUUUGAUUAAACUACUCUUGAUAGUCUUGGAAAAGAUUCUUAAUGCUAAAUAAAAGGAAAUGAAAUUUUAGUUAAUUUAACUGACUCCUCAACAAUUAUGGAAAACAAUUUAAUUACUCUUUUACCAGAUAAGUUACAGUUUCAAGAUUACAACCAGUAUUUUAUUAAAACAUUUUACAGGAAUGUUGUUUUUUAAGAUUAUCCUGGUGUAGCUUAGCCUUAAUUUAACUAUAAUCACAUCGAAAAUAGCUGUAAUCCUAUUAUUAUAAGUAUGUAUAAGUUAUUAAAUGAUGCAGGUAGAAAUUUUAUGAGUUUGAAUUGGAAUUUAGUAGAAAUCUAAGGUUAAAUAAGUGAUCAAUAAAAAUAAACCAUACAGGGGAUAUUAUUGACAGCAAGCUAAAGCAAGAACACAACUUUAAGCAUUGAUCCUCAAUAUAUUCCACCAAACAUAAAUAUUACUAUAAACUUUAGCUCUUAACUUAAAGUUAAUUAACCUUUUUCUCAAUAGUUCACAAUUAUUUAUCAAAAAUAGAAAUUCAUCAGAAUCAACUAUUAGCAAUCUACAUACCCACCAAUUUACAGAUUUACUAGCUUAAGCUUCUACUUUUAAUUUUACAUUGAAGUAUGUGAGUAAGGCUAAAUAACUUAUUAUAAUGAACCUGUAAAUUUGCAAUUAGCUUCAAACCAGCUUUCAUAGUAAAGCCUAAGCCAAUACACCCAAUCAAGCUAUCAGUAUGAUGUUUUACCUUAUACUUUAGCAUCAAACUAAGUCUUUAGCAUGACUUUGACUUUGAAUCUUUGCUCAGACAGUAGUGUUGUCUCUACCUAAAAGGUAUCAUUAAAUAUUGAACUUACAGAUUUAUAAUUGUAAAUUAUCGGAGGUUAAACUUUCAAUUUAGGAUUUUAAAAUAAAAUGGUCUUAAAUACUUAAUCAAGAGAUUAUGAAAUUCAAGAUCCUAAUUCUCCUUAAAAUAUCGAUUUUAGCUGGCAAUGCUCUAGUUUAUCAUCUAAUGAUGGAAUUUGUAAGGACUACAAUAAUACCUAGAUUGUAUUAGCGUAAGGAGUCAGUAGUAUUACAAUACCUGCUAAAACUUUUUUGCCAUAUACCAUCAUUAAGUUAACAGUCACUGGAUCAAAAACUCCUAGGCAAUAAAGUUUCACUGCUACUGUCGUAUUCACAGAAAUAGAUAUUCCUCCUCUUACUGUUAAUUUUUAAUCUUCACGCUUAACCAAAAAAUAUAAUUUGAAUGAUGAACUUGAUUUUAUAAUUGUGUAUGGAUUAAGUUCUUCCUCAGAUUAUUUGUCUUAUGCAGGAGCUAUUUUAUAUAAUAAUGAUGCAGUUGCAGCUAUAAAAUUUGAUUAUUUUCAAGUUAAGUUGAGAAUUUGGAAUUAUUAUUAAAAUAUCAAUCCCUCAUAACCAGCAAUUCAAAUAAGGUUUUCUGUAUAUAACCCACUAUAUGUUAUGCCAAGCUUAUCAAUAAUAAAUAUUCCUAUUAAUAUUCCUCCUAGAAACUGUGUUUUGCAAGUAAACCCGUAAUAAGGAAUAGCCCUUUAAACUGUUUUCUAAAUCUAAUUCUUGAAUUGUUAUGAUGAAGACCUUCCUUUGACUUACUAAUUCUUCUAUUACAACAGCGCAGAUGAUGCCCAAUAAGAAUUAGUCUCUCCUUGGAAUAUAGUAAGAAGAUAGAUAUAAGACUAGACAGCAAAUAAUUCUAUACAAAUAGUACUACCAUAAGGAAACCUAGUAAUAAUGAGUUAAGUUAUGGAUUCUUAACUUGGAGUUUUUAAUAGCUCUUCUACAAUCUAGGUUUAAUCUUAGAAUAAACCAGUUAAUGAAUAUUACUAAUUUGUAAAUCAAUUAACUUUAUAAACCUUGUAGAGCUCAAAUUUGUCAGUGACAGAUAAGCUUGUGAUUUUAAGCAUCAUAUCAGACGAUAUAAGUAAAAGUAAUUUAGUUUCAUAGGAUUUGAAUAAUUUAGAAAGUUUACUCAUUUAAAAUAUAAAUUAAUUGUCUCUUUAAAUUCCUAAAUUUUCCCUUUUGUCUACAUUUGCAAAUAAAGUAACUGCUUAGUUAUCAUAAUUACUGUUUAGCUCAUAAUAAUAAAGUUAGUUUUUUUCAUAGAAAAAUGAUAUAUUUUAAUAGCUUUAAACCAUACUUUAGAAUACAAAUUCUGCAAUUCAAAGCAAUGAUCUCAGUCAUUUACAGUAAAAUAAUGAUGUUCAUAUUCAAAACAUGGUAGAUUCAUUUAAAGUUUUAAAUUCAAGUGUGACUUUAAACACAAUUAACUCUCAAUCAGAUUAUGAUAAUUAUGAUACUUUAUCAACCAAAAUUAGUAAUCUAUUAAAUAAUAUUAGUUUACCAAAUUAAGGGGAAACAAUUCUAAAUGGUAAUUUGUCCAAUCUUUUGUCAGAUAAAAUAACAUAAAAAAAUUUGUACAAAUAUGUUCUAAAUUAUAAAGAUAAAGGACGGCUCUUGACUAUGUAAAAUGAAUCAGAUUCAUAGAAUUAAACUAGUGUAUUUUCUAUUUCAAGAAAUAAUUAUAAAUAAAAUAUUUAUGAGAAUACUCCAAAUUUUUAGGCUUACACUGAUCAAAUCAAAAAUAUUAGUUCAAACUUCACUUUCUCAAAGAAUGAACUAAUAUCACCUUAGAUUUAAGAUUCUUCUUAAAAACCCAUAAGUAAUUCAAAUAUUAUAUACUCAUUUGAUCAAGUAAAAUCAAAUAAUUAAUAUAAUAUGGCAUGUCUCUAAAAAACUGAUCAAUCAUGGAGUAAAAAAAAUUGUAAUAUUAAUAAAUUCACAGAAACUAGUUACAUGUGCCUAUGUGGUUCUUAAUAACCUACAACAGUGAUUGAAGAUGUCGAAGAUAUGUUUACAAAAAAUAAAAAUCUGUAGACAGCCUUUGGAGAAUAAGGUCUAUCAAACUUUUCAAAUUUUACUAACUUUUAUAAGUUUGUAGUAUUUUGGCUAUUGACAAGUUUUACUUUGGUUUAAAUUCUUCUAUUUAUUGCUGGGAAAUUUUUGGACAAAUUAACAUUAAAAAAAAGACAAUAAAAAGUUCAUGUUGAUGAAUUAAUUAAUAAUAAUGUCUAAAGCAAUUAAUAAAAUUAAGAGCAACAAUAAUAAUAAUAAUAAUAGCAAUAAAUCUAAGAAAAUAUUUAAGAUGUUUGUGAAAAUUCUUAAUUAGUAAACAACGAUUUAAUAUAGAACUCUCCUUUCUAAAAUUAACAAAGUAGUGAAAAUAUUUAACUUGAAUUUUAGAAAAUUUAACCAAUUUCUACAGUUAUUGAGCAGGAAAUAGUUUUUGAGCAAAAUAAAAGAAAAAAAAUGAAAUUCAGAAAUGUUACAAAUUAGCAACUCCAAAUCAAUUUUAAACAAUCUCAAUAAUCUCAAGAAGAAAAUAUUGAAAUGAAUGAAGAGAAAGCAGAGUCAAAUUCAAUAAAAUUUAAUCAAUAGCAAUCAAAUUAUAAAAGUGAAGAUAAAAUCAAAACAACAACAAACUCACAAACCUAAAUGAUUGAAACCUAAGCCUAAUAAUAGAAAAUUUAAAAUUUUGAUACUUAUGAGUAAAUUUCUUUCAUGAAAAAAAUUUUAAUCUUCCAUUAGUUUGUUAGUAUUUUUUACAUUUAUGAUGAUGUGCUUUCUAGACCAUUAAGAUUCACUCUGCUUUACAUAAAAAUAAUACACACCUUAUCUAUUUCUGUAAUAUUCUAAGGAUUUACUUUGCUUGCUUAGCAAAUAAUAAUUGCAUUAAUAAACAGCUUAUUAAUGAAAAUAUUUUUUUUUGGAAUACUUUAUACUUACAAAAAGGGUUCAAAAGGUAAAACAUUUUCUCUGAUUUUACAAGUAGUGUUAAGCUUAGCUUAUUACUAUAUCAUUUUAGCAAUAUCUAGUGGCAAAACUCCAAGCGAAUCAAACGAAUUCUUCCUACUAUUUUUGCUGUCUUUUUUAACAGAAAUGUUAUUUACUGAGAUAAUUAAGUCAUUUUUAAUGAUCUAAUUGAUAAAAAAAUAUAAUACAUCAAAUAAUCCAGAAGGUAUUUUUGCUAAAUUAUUUAAUAUUUUUGACUUAAAAUAAACUUUACUUAAUAUAGAUUGA